AUGUUUGGUAUUCCGAGGUUCUUUGGCUUCCGGGGCCGGGCUCUAAACUUGGCCAUCAGUUCUCUCGGUAGUCUUGAUUUCUUGCUUUUCGGUUAUGAUCAAGGUAUCACAGGUGGUCUGCUAGACCUGCCGUCCUUCAUCAAGUAUUUCCCUGAUAUCGACAAUCUGGAUCAGACGGUCUCAGAUGCUGUGCGAUCUCAACGUGCUACGAACCAAGGUAUUGCGGUUGCAUCCUAUAAUUUGGGAUGUUUUGUCGGCUCCAUCUUAUGCAUCUUCAUCGGUAAUCCGCUCGGUCGACGCAAGACUAUUCUCUGUGGCUGUAUGACUAUGGCUACUGGAGCUCUACUGCAAUCUACAUCCUUCCAGCUGCCUCAAUUUAUCAUCGCUCGUAUCGUCACAGGUAUUGGCAAUGGUUUGAACACGAGUACUGUCCCAACGUGGCAAUCUGAGUCGUCACACGCACACGAUCGUGGUAAGAUGGUCAUGAUCGAAGGUUCACUUAUCACCGGAGGGAUCUGCCUUAGCUACUGGAUUAACUACGGAUUUUCCUUUAUUGGUGAAUUGGAGGUAGCUUGGCGUUUCCCGCUCGCAUUCCAAAUUCUCUUCGCCGUCGUGAUUUUCUUCUCUAUCCUUCACCUGCCCGAAUCUCCACGCUGGCUUGUCAUGCAAGGUCGGGAAGAGGAGGCUUUGGAAAUUCUCGAGGCCUUGAACGAGAAACCCCGAGAUGAUCCUUACAUUGUGAACGAGCUCAUCGCCAUUCGAGAAACAGUCAAGGAAAUGAGCAAGGGCUCGUUCAGGAGUUUGUUCAAGAUGAGCGAAUACCGCGAAUUCCACCGUGUGGUUCUUGCCUACGUCAACCAAAUGUUCCAGCAAAUCUCUGGAAUCAAUCUGAUCACGUAUUAUGCGCCCUCCCUGUACAAGCAAAUUGGUCUUGGAGAAGGCAAUCUACCCAAGUUACUCGCUGCUUGCAAUGGUACAGAGUACUUCAUGGCCUCCUUCAUCCCCAUCUUUAUUAUUGAGAAAGUCGGACGUCGGCCUCUCAUGCUUUUCGGCGCUGCUGGAAUGUCAAUAUCCAUGGCAAUUCUCGCCGGCACCAACUACCGCCUAACUCAUUAUAACGAGAGUGGUGCCGGUGUUGGCCAGGCAGUGUUCCUCUUCGUUUUCAACACAUUCUUUGCCAUUGGCUGGCUUGGUAUGACAUGGCUGUAUCCUGCAGAGAUCGUGCCAUUGCGCAUUCGUGCUCCGACAAACGCGCUGGCUACUAGCGCCAACUGGAUCUUCAACUUCAUGGUCGUUAUGGUCACUCCUGUUGCAUUCGACAGCAUCAAGUAUAAGACCUAUAUUAUUUUCGCCGUGAUCAACUUCUUCAUAUUCCCGGCUGUAUACUUCUUCUUCCCCGAAACACGCUACCGUUCCCUGGAAGAAAUGGAUGCCAUCUUCAAGAAGUCGUCUAACAUCUUCGACGUUGUGGGCAUCUCGAUCAAAGAGCCUUACCGCUAUGAUAAGCACGGUCAGCUUAAGCCGGAGUACCUCGAGGAGGCUAUUCGUCGAGAGAGCGUUCGCCGUGAGAGCGUCAUUCAUGAGGACUCGAAUGAGAAGUUUGAUAGCGAUGAGAGUGCUAAUGAUAAGCCUGCGGCGAUUGGAUAUGAGGGGAAAUAG